AUGUGUCUUAUUAAAUUAUUUGUAAGUUAAAAUUGUUUAAUAAACUAUUUUGUAGAAUUAUAAAAUUGUUAUUAAUUAUACCUAUUUUAUUUUAGGGUAUAAAUCGCUAUUCCACUUUUGUACAUCAUGUUCUUUUUUUGUUAUUAUUAUAUAACAUAUAUCUCACUCUGAAACUGCUGAACGCAAGUUCCUUAACUAAAACAGAUUGUAUUAACGAGAAAUCAAAUACUUCAUAUUUCCAUCUUCAACUGUCUAGUGGCCGAUGGGAUAGUAGGCGUAUGGUUAAAACAUAUGACAAUGUAAUGAUAGCAGAGCAAAAACAAAGUGGAAUGGUGUGUUUAGCUACACAAUGUUCUGUAGACAGAUUAUCAUCUAUUGUAGACAUGGCAAAAAAUUGGAAUGGUCCAAUAUCAAUUGCAGUUUAUGUUGCUGGUGAAGAGUUAUAUUAUUUACAAGGUAGGUUUAUAUUUCAAUAGCAAAUAUUAAAUUGAAUACAUUUAUUCAAGUAUUAAAAGCCAUUAAAUUAUAGAUUUUGUACGGUUUCUACGACGCUGUUAUCAAUCAGUUCAUCAAAUGGUCACAUUUCAUCUUGCCUUACCAGCAAAUCAAUUUCCCAAAUCUUCACAAUCAGCAUUCACAACAGAUCUUUUAUCAUGUCACCAUGAUCCAAAUACUGUUUUAUCAAAUUUAUUGGAUCAAUUACCUGAAACAUUAAAACGAUGGAGAAUCCGAAUGCCUUAUCCUCAAAACCAUCUGAGAAAUUUAGCACGUUAUAAUUGUCAAACUCACUAUUCAUUAGUGGUUGACAUUGAUAUUAUUCCUAGUGUUAAUUCAGCAAUAUUGUUAAAUAAUUUUUUAUCUGAGAGACCAAAAUGUUUAAAAUGUGUAUAUGUGUUGCCGACCUAUGAAAUUCAUAAAUCAGCUGCUCAACCAAAAAAUGUUUCUGAGUUAAUUAAAUUGAAGUCUGCUGGGCUUGCAAGAUAUUUUCAUGUGGAAAUUUUUAAAUUAAACCAGAUGCCAACAAAUUUUAUAAUGUAUGUAAAAGUAGACUGGUACUGGUGGUUUAUUUAACCCAAAAUAAUACCUAUCUGAUUGUCUGUCUCAUUGAAAUUCAAAAUACAAGUAGUUGUAAUUUUGUUUGUUUUUCUUAUUUUUUUCAUUAUAUGUGUAUGGAUAAAUAUACUUCUAUACUUUAGUGUAGAUAUUUUUUUCAAAGUAUAGUUUUAUUGAAAAUGUUUUUUGCUAUAAUUUAAUGAUAUUUAUUUUAGUAUAUCUAAUAAAGUUUUAUUCAACAUUUUUUUUUAGGUUCGAAAAAAACUCGAAAAAAUAUAACACUUUACAUAUAAGUCACAAAGUACCCAAGUAUCAAUUGUAUUACGAGCCAUUUUAUAUAUCAUUGAACAAUGUUCCGAGUUAUGAUGAACGAUUCAUCGGCUAUGGUUACACAAGAAAUUCACAGGUUCGUUUUCUACACAAACUAAAAAAAAAAAAAAAAAUUAAUUAGUAAUUUUUAAUAAUUGUAUGCAUUAUUAUCAGGUGUAUGAAAUGUUUGCAGCUAAAUACCAAUUUGAAGUACUUGCAAAUAUAUUUACGUUCCAACAUAAUUUUGCAUCACAAAAAAAAAAAUCAAAUUAUCGAGAAAUUCAAUAUGCAGAAAAUUUAUCAUUAUUCACAAAAUUUAAAAAAGAAAUAGCUGCACGAUAUUUAUUAAAUAGUUUUCAAUAA